UUUGCUGCCCCGGCCCCAGCCGUAUAUCUCGAAAAAACGCCGGUCGUUUGGCGUCAGUUGAUUCGUACCCUUCGCUGGUAGAAGAUCAAAGCGUUCAGUUGGUUGUAGUGCCCGUAAUUUGUUUGAAUUCUUUGCAAUCUCACUGAGGAUUUUUUUUUCUGUUGUAACAAACCGAGAAACCAUGGAUUUCUACUACCUGCCAGGAUCUGCCCCGUGCCGUGCCGUCCAGAUGACUGCAGCCGCCGUUGGCGUGGAGCUGAACCUUAAGCUCACCAACCUGAUGGCCGGUGAACACAUGAAGCCCGAGUUCCUCAAGCUGAACCCGCAGCACUGCGUUCCGACGCUGGUCGACGGCGACUUUUCGUUGUGGGAGUCUCGAGCGAUCAUGAUCUACCUGGUGGAUCGGUAUGCAAAGGGGGAGAAACUGUACCCGAAAGAUCCGCAGAAGCGAGCCGUGGUCAAUCAGCGGUUGUACUUCGAUAUGGGAACACUGUAUCAACGGUUCGGCGAUUACUACUAUCCGCAGAUAUUCGAAGGAGCUGCUGCAAAUUCGGAAAACUACCGGAAGAUCGGAGAAGCGUUGGAGUUUUUGGAAGUAUUUUUGCACGAUCAACAGUUCGUGGCUGGAGGGAACUGCCUAACGCUAGCGGAUUUGAGUGUACUGGCAACACUUACAACGUUUGAAGUGGCCGGAUAUGACUUUUCGGGGUACAAAAGUGUUCACGAGUGGUAUGGAAGGAUUCAGAAGGUGGCUCUGGGUGCCGACAUCAAUCGAGAGUGGGCAGAAGCUGCUCGACAAUUUUUCGAAAAGGUUAAAGCCCCUGCGCAGUAGGCUUUGAUUCACGCGUUGACGCCUACUUUGUUUCAAAGUUGCUAAUUCAAACAGAUAAUAAAUCUAACGUCAUCGUUAUUUGCAUACUUCAAUAGUGUUUUAUCUUCCCUUCUCGUACAGCUGAGUCACGACAAUCAACCGCUCAAGAUUUCAUGUCUGUCAACAAUUACCCAUGCGGG